CCAUCCUGAUCGCCCACCUCAAGCUGUCGCACGUGGAGCUGCGCCAGAUCCUCAUGACCAUGGAGCCGGACCGCCUGGAGCCUUCCCACAUCAAGCAGCUCUUGCUCUACGCCCCUGACGGCGAAGAGGUCCAGCAGUACCAGAACUACAAGGACAACCCCAGCAAGCUGAGCGAGCCGGACCAGUUUGUGUUGCAGAUGUUAUCGGUACCAGAAUACAAGAUCCGUCUGCGCAGUCUACAUUUCAAGAGCACUCUGCAGGAGAAGACAGAGGAGAUCAAAGCCAGCUACGAGUGCAUCUGCAAGGCCUCUCUGGAGCUGAAAAGCAGCAAGAAGCUGGCGAAAAUCCUGGAGGUCAGAACAGUCCCUGUUCCUGGCGCCAGCCGCUGGGGGCCUCCCGUGUCCACCAGGGAGCCGGGCAGUUUGCUGGAGCCCGGGAGCUGCUCCGGCCCCAGGGCCGUCCUGUCCUCUGGCCUCCUCCUCAUCUAG